GUAACCAUCCUCUGAGUCACGAAAACGGCACGAUCUAGCGAUGCAGUGGAAAACAUGUCCAUGUCUGUGUAAUGUCUUCGGUUUUAGCUGAUUUAAGUGCAGGGUUUGUCCAGGCUGUUAGUCGCAGGACAGGAACGCAGUAACCGGGUGAAGCAGGUAGCUCAAUCUGACUGGAAUCAAAUCAGGAUAUACUUGUGUUUCUGAAACAUGGCAGGCACCGUCUCCGUCGACUCGAGGGCCGAAGCAGCUCGUCUGAGGAUCUGUGGCGCUUUGGAUUAACAGAUCUGCGGUCGCACAUUUGUGAGGAUUACGCCUUUGCUUUGCUGCCUUUGCCAUGCUUUGUCUGAGAAUGAUCCUUCGGGUCGUCUCUGUGGUUUGGGGAGUUACGCUCGUCGUUUGUCAGCAAGCACAGUUCACCACCGUCACCACAAACUACGGGAAGCUGCGUGGAUUGCGUGUGGCGAUGCCCAGUGAGAUCCUGGGCCCCGUGGAGCAGUAUCUGGGGGUCCCGUAUGCGAUGCCCCCUACUGGACAGCGGCGCUUCCAGGUCCCGGAGCCGCCGGCGUCGUGGCCCGGCAUCAGGAACGCCACGCAGUUCGCUCCGGUGUGUCCGCAGUAUCUGGAGGACCGGCUGCUGCUCACAGACAUGCUUCCGGUGUGGUUUACUGCAAACCUGGACACGGUCGCGUCGUACGUACACGAGCAGAGCGAAGAUUGUCUGUACCUCAACAUCUACGUGCCCACGGAGGAAGAUGCGCAUGACGACACGGGCUUGAAGCCGGUCAUGGUUUAUAUUCACGGCGGCUCGUAUGUCGAGGGAACGGGGAACAUGAUCGACGGCAGCAUCCUCGCCAGCUACGGAAACGUGAUCGUCGUCACCGUGAACUACCGGUUAGGAGUGCUAGGUUUCCUCAGCACUGGCGAUCAAGCAGCCAAAGGGAAUUACGGUCUGCUGGAUCAGAUCCAGGCUCUGCGCUGGGUGAAGGAGAACAUUCAGGCUUUUAACGGCGAUCCGGAGCGAGUGACCAUCUUCGGCUCCGGAGCAGGAGCCUCCUGCGUCAGUCUGCUGACCCUCUCGCACUACUCUGAAGACCCGAAUCAGCCGGUUCCUCAAGACACAAAGUUCAUCCACACUAAACCAAACCGCUUUGAGGAGGUGGCCUGGUCUAAAUACAACCCUAAAGACCAGCUGUACCUGCACAUCGGCCUGAAGCCUCGCGUCCGCGACCACUACAGAGCCACCAAGAUCGCCUUCUGGCUGGAGUUAGUGCCGCAUUUACACAACAUCAACGAACUCUUCCAGUAUGUUUCAUCGACAACCAAAAUCCCACCACAGGACACGACGCCGUUCUCCUACACCAAACGCCUGUCCAACAAACUCUUGCCAUCGACCACCCGCCAUCCGCCCGCUCCUCCGGCCAACACCAAACAGAUGUCGGAUCAGCAGAAGACAUCCAAGCACGGCGAUGGGACGGUUAUCAUCGAAGCGCGAGAUUAUUCGACCGAGCUGAGCGUGACGAUCGCCGUCGGCGCGUCUUUGCUCUUCUUAAACAUCCUGGCGUUCGCAGCACUCUACUACAAGAAGGACAAACACCGGCUAGAGUCGAGUCGCAGGCACAGUCUGCCAAGAAAUCUCGCGAAUGAUGUCCCCCGUGUGCCGAGCGAAGUAUUGAUGCAGCUCGGCCACGAUCACGAUUGCGAUUCGCUGCAAGGCCACGAUAUGAUUCAGCUGACCGGUCCUUUGGAUUACGCGCUAGCGAUGCGCCGUUCGCCCGACGACAUAUCGCUGAUAACGGCGAACACCAUCACAAUGAUUCCUCGCUCUUUCCCCGACUUGCCGCCAUCGUAUCUCAACCCGUUCAAUGCAUUCGGGAACAGCACUCCGAGCAGCACGGGCCUCCCGCAUGGACACUCUACGACGCGAGUAUAACUCGACACAAGUCGACGGAUGAUUUAGAUGCGCACCCAGGUACUCGAACACAAAUACUGAGGGUGUUAUUUUGUUACAGACUCUUUUAUGAAUAAGUAACGUUACACGUAUUAACCUGUAUAAUGUGAUCAGUGAAUGUAAUCAUUUUCGCAUUCAUGAAACAGCGACUGGAGCUUUCAAAAAAUAUGAUUACUUAAAUGAAUUAUUUGCAUCCUGAUUUCCUGGUUAAUGUGUGAGACGAUAAAUCACUAAACACUUGCAUUGCAGCACAAAUACCUGGUAAACAAUUUUGCUGUAACUUGAUAUUCAUAAUUAUGUUGGGUGUAGAAAGC